GUUUGUCCAGUAUUUUGGCUUUCCUCGCGCUCCGUUUGUGACUCGACCGGCCGAAAAUAAGCUGCCUCGAGCCUCCAUGGCUUUGGAUGGCCGCGGGGCCAGGCGAAGGUCGCCAGCUGCUCGCGGAGCUGCGACGCGGCAGUCGAGAGGCUGCACAUGGACUCCUGCAGCCCGGGGUAGUACGGCGAGCCAAGGAUGGCACCGCUGUGCUCGCGGCCUUCGCGCGGCACAGCCUCUGGCAGCAGGCCCUUGGGCUGCUAGAUGUCCUCCAGCGCGCAGGAGUCCAAGCGGACCUGGUGCUGUGCAAUGCUGCCAUCGCGGCCUGCGAGAAGGCCGGGCGCUGGGAGGCUUGCCUAGCCUUACUCGGCGUGUCAAAGAGGUGCUCGCUUUUCCCAGACGUCGUGUCCUACAGCACCGUGCUCAGCGCCUGCGAGGACUGGCCCCGAGCCUUCGCGCUGCUUUCAGAGAUGUUGGAGCACCAGGUCGUCCCCAACGUGGUGAGCUUCAACGCGGCGUUGAGCAGCUGCCAGAAGCAGCGAGCCGAAGGCCCGGUCGCGGCACUGCUGGCCUGGAUGGGCGAGGUGCAGGUGGCGCCGAACCUCAUCACGUACAACACCGCCAUUAGCGCCUGCGACGAUGCUGGUCCUCUUCGCCAGAAGCUACGGGAGAGAGGACUGACUGAGGACAUCUACACCUACAAUGCGCUCCUGGGCCUCUGCGAGCGCCAAAGGCGCUGGGCUGAAGCCCUGCAACUGCUGCAGGAGAUGUCCGGUGCCUUUUCUUUCCCCGAUGUCAUCAGCUUCAGCACCGCCAUCGCGGCCUGCGAGAAGGGCCUGCAGUGGCAGCCGGCCUUGGCGAUUCUCGCGGCCAUGGGCCGGCAGAAAGUACGGCCAAAUGUCUUCAGCCUCAGCGCUGCGGUGAGUGCUUGCGAAGCUUGCCAUGCUUGGGAGCGGGCGCUUUCCAUCUUCUCCACGAGGACGGCAGAGAAUUCGGUGCUCUUCGGCGCUGGCAUCAGCGCUUGUGCCAAGGGGGAGAAGUGGGAUCUUGCGCUGCAGCUGCUGCAUCAAAUGGAAGGCCGCAGGCUUGAGCAGACCGCCAUCUGCCGGAACAGCGCCCUGAGCGCUUUGGCAGCGGCUGGGCAGUGGCAACGAGCGCUUGCGGAGUGUGGGGACCUGGACACGCUGGGCGUGGCGGAGCUGGCGAGGAGCUGCGCGGUGGCCGGCCAGUGGCAGCGAGUUUUGAACCUCGUCUUCACCAUGGACCGCGUCUUCGGCUUGAAGCCGGACGCGCCUUUGCUGGCCUUGCUCUUCGACUGCCUUGAGACCUACCAGACAGGCUUUCUGCCGCAGCUGGCUUUCUUGGCCCAGGUGAGUCUCUUGCAGCUGCCGGUGCGGCAAAAGCAGGUACAGGCGGAUCAUGCCGUGAUCCUCGCCGAUCUGCUGGCUGAGUUGGACGCUGAGAGCAGCUUGGCUUCCUCGGCAUUGGGGAAGCGCUUGGCUGGCGCGCAACAGAGUCUGAAGAUGCUAAUGCAGGCACCUGCGGACUCGAAGCCGCUCGAAGCCUCCUUCAGCUCUUCCCGACAGCGCUCCUUGCUGCCAUGGAAUUGGGACAGGGUGACACGUCGCAGCGGCAUCCGGAGCUUGAGGAGAGUAUCCUAGCUGAUCGGAUCAGUCCAAUCAAGAACUCCC